GGUGGUGGCGUUUAGCAGCACACAAACUUGAGCCCUCGAGCUAUUUAUGCCCGGUAACCGGAAGCGCCCUCCUCCACGCACCCCCGCUUCCACGGCCUCGGUCCAGUGCGCCCCUGCCUUGUCUCGUAGCUCUGAGAAAGAGCCAUGGAAGCUGACGCACUACUCCAUGCGCCCACCACCUCUUCCUCCUGCUCCGACUCCGGCGGCGGCUCGUGCGUCAUCAAUGGCGCGCAGGAGCGACUGUCCAAGACCGGCGGCAAGCCCCACAAGAACGUGAAACGGAAGAGAACCGCGUCGUCCCCGCCUGCUGCUCCCGGCGGCGUGGCGGUGGCACCCGAGGCCACCGUGGACGACGACUGCGGCGGCGGCGGCGGCCGGCAGCGCAAGAGGGGCAGCGCCGGCACCAGGCACCCGACGUUCCGCGGCGUGCGCAUGCGGGUGUGGGGCAAGUGGGUGUCCGAGAUCAGAGAGCCGCGCAAGAAGUCGCGCAUCUGGCUCGGCACGUUCCCGACGGCCGAGAUGGCCGCGCGCGCCCACGACGUGGCCGCGCUGGCCAUCAAGGGCCGCGCCGCGCACCUCAACUUCCCGCACCUCGCGCACGAGCUCCCCCGCCCGGCGUCCACCUCGCCCGCCGACAUCCAGGCCGCGGCAGCCAAGGCUGCUGCUGCUGCCGCCGCCGCCGCCGAUGCCGACGUAGAGCAAUGCGAGUCGUCCUCUCAUCAUAUUGCCGAGACGCCAUCGUCGUCGUCGUCGUCAGCCGCCAAUUCGGAGGAGGUAGCUGCGGCCAGCAACUCGGAGGAGAGCGUGCUGUUGUUCGACUUCGAUUUGCCCGACCUUCUGCUGGACCUGAGGGACGGCCUCUGGUCACCCAUCUGGGAGGCAGCAGCUCCGGCGGCGGCGGCCGAAGAGUACGACGGCGACAGCCUGAGCGAGCCGCUUCUGUGGGCCCACGAUCACUGCUGGAUGGACGCUGCCGCCGUGCCGGUGCAGCCGGACUAGCCGUUCCGUUCGUCGGACGCUCGGCCGGCCGUGACCCUGCCGGUGGUUGCCUGCAACGGACGACCGAUGCCACGUGCUUUUUUUUUUAAGCUUCGCUUGUGUGCAUGCGUUGUGCAGAACUGUAGAGAGAGAGAGAAACGCAUGGCCGGUCGGUCACGCUCGCGCGGGCGUGGGCGCCUGCUUGUGGGGUCGCCGUGAUCUCCGGAUGGCAAGUCGUUGUAGGAAGCGGUGAAACAGUUGCUUGCCUACUUGCCUGUGUCACCAGACACUUGCAAUUAGUUUCCAAAAUGACUUUGGCCAGGUAAUAACUUGGGGAAUAUGUCAGUAUUACAGCAUCAGUUGAUUCAGUUGUAUAUACUAGUUGUGAGUACCCGGCUUCUUUAAUUUGUCAAUACGUACAAAGUAUAUAUUGUAAUGCGGAAAAUGAAUUAUGCAAGGAUCUUGUUAAGUAGAUCUUCAACAUU